ACUGGACCCGUUUCGACUGUACUACUUCGCUUGCUUAUCCGCUUUUAAUAAACAUUGAAAGGACCUUUUGUAUGAGUCAUUUUAGCUGUUGAAAAUCUAAAUGUGUCAUUCCUUUCUAGUUAGCACAAGUACAAACAUCCACUGGCUCUGGCAGCAGAACGCCGAUAAGUCACCACCAUCCCAGCUACACGGAUAAAUUGGUUGAAGAUGCCCUAUUCGCUCAAGGCGUUCCUCCACCAUCCCAUCUUAACAACCUUCACCACAAUCCGUCAGCCCACGGCAGUUCCACAGUGAAUCAGCUACUCAGAAGGGCAGCUGCGGCAGCUGCGUUGAGACGUGAUAGAAACAAUUCUAACCAAUCUGAUGAGCUGUCACUAAAACGGCAUCGAUUGUCCACAGACAACAAUAUGCUUGGUAACAACAACAACCUAGAUGUGGUGAAUCACAUGCCACAAAUUACUGCAACUGAUUUUUCCACAAGUAUGAAAUCAAAUAGCAGUACUCCACACUCCCCACACAUUAAAGAGCAUCAUCGACAUGAUAGCAAUAAAACGCCUAACGGUAAUAAUAACAACAACAACAGCAUCAAUAUCAACAACAACACUAAUAAUUUGAACAACAAUAACAACAACAAUAAUAAUAAUAUUAACGCUCAUAGCAAGGAUAGCGUACAAGUCGAUCAGUCCAGUGGAAGCAUGGGAAGCAUAGCUACCAACGGCGGAAGCUUAGGAUCAAAUACUGACAAAGAAAGUCUUACUCCCUCGCCAUCUGUACGGUCCACUGAUGAUGUAAAAUCGGAGCCAAUGGAGCUGGUAUGCAGUUCUAAUGUCGAAAAUGAGAACAGUACCGACUCGAUUGCUGAUGACUCCCGCGGCAUACAUCAUCCUGUCGACAUUAAAGGAUCCAUUAGCUCACCUCACGAAGAUGAUAUGGACAGCAGCAUACAUUCCCACACGGCUCCUCCUUUUUUAAUUACACCUGGCGACAACAAACUUUUUGCGCCUCCGGGAUCCUUCAAUUUUUCCAUGGCAGCGUUAGCAGCGGAUCCAACUGCACUUGCGGGUUUUAACCAACAGGCACUUCAGGCAGCAGAACUAGCAGGUUCGCCGCAAGGCUGCUCUCCUAAGAAACUGUUUUCAUGUCAACUGUGUGGUAAAGUAUUAUGUUCAAAAGCAUCGUUGAAACGACAUAUCGCUGAUAAACAUGCAGAAAGACAGGAGGAGUAUCGCUGCAUCAUUUGUGAGCGUGUCUAUUGCUCUAGAAAUUCCUUGAUGACGCACAUCUACACCUACCAUAAAUCCCGCCCAGGGGAAAUGGAAAUGAAGGAUAUUAAGUUCUUCUAAUACCACCAGCGGGCAUGUAUGCCACUAGUUGCCAUCUUGGAAUACAAUUUUUAGCAAAAACAGUUGAACAUAGAAGCGUAAUCCUUUGUAAAACAAUUACAAUUGAAGUAGGCUACAUUAAUAGUAUGUAAGUAGUGAUAUCGUCAUUUGCUACUUCAUCGGCUAUCGGAAAAGCAGAGGUCUCAGCGCUAAAUAUGUUUCACGCCGACAUAUACAAAAAAGAAACAUAGAAACUACUUUACGUCGCGAAGAAGCACAAAUGGUAUUACCGUUCGCCAAGGUUAGAAAGAUACUUUUAGCUACCAACAAUUACACCAGAUUCUUAAAAUUCUACUCUACACAUACCCUAAUAUAAAUAGUUCUUCUGCUAGAUUCAACAAUGCUACCCUACUUGCAUUCAAACGUUUCACGAUAAAAUAGAUAGAUAAAACUAAACCGGUUGAAAUUCAUAAGACAAUAUAUGAACGCCAUAUGACUUGAAGCAUUUAAUCAUGUUUUCCCUUUCUAUUGCAAUGCACUUAUUUACUAUAAGAAUGAUAUACUACGUAGCGUAAUAGUUGCUCUCUUCAGUAGAUUCAAACAAAUUCUUCCUACUCAAUUUAAAACAAAAACUAUCUUAAUUUAUACACGUAUAUGCUGACUAUAAAAUAAAACAGGAACGAUCAGCACAGUCUUGGUCCCACAAUCUGCGCUUUAGCCCUUCAGUGUAAUAUCUUACAAAAGAAUAUUAUUACUUAACGGACAUCAUGCCAACUACUAUUCAUCAUAAAACUUAUUCAUUGUUUUUACUGCUAUGGAAAUUUACUUUUUCAUAAACAUUCACGACUUCCCAUGAUGGGGUGCAAGCCAUGAAGUGAUACAAAUUAAACCGAUAAAAAUUCCACUAAAUUGUAGUACAACGCAGCAUCAGAACUAACAAAAAUUACAGCGCAGUAGGUUUCGCUUAGUGUAUGUUUCGUAUUAAGUAUUAUCUGUUCGUUUCGCAUGCCAUUAGUGUUUUUCUUCUGUUCCCUACAUCUGUUUAAUCAAAAUGUGUGCAUGUAAAAUACUGCCGAUUGAAGCAUAAGAGUCCCAUAUGAUUUUUUUUUUCGAAAAAUGAGUUACCUAUUGGAUUGUAUGUAGAAUCACCUUUGAUUCGUUAUAAUGAUGAGAAACAAGAAAAAUGUCAUCAAGUUAGCGUUAAAACACGUUUUAACUCGUAGUGUGAAUGUAGUAUAGACCAAGGUGCUUAGAGUUCUAAGGUGAUUCGUCUUUGGCAGUAACUAGGUGAGGAGUGAGGUAAACGUGCAGCAAGCUGCGGGGAAGAAAAGUGACAGCGAACAACUUUGUUUACACACGGAAAUCCAAGCAAACACGCAUGGAGAUGUAGUAAACAAUGUUGUUAGCUGUCGUUUCCAGCACCAACAUGGCUGAUCGGCGAUUUCAAGGAUCGUAUCACCUCAGAAUAAAAGCUCCUUGGUAUAGAAUACCAGGUUUGGCCCAAUAAAAAUAUAAAUCUUGAACAGCGUAUUUCUCGGCUUGCUGUUUUUCAAUGUGGGACUCUCAUACUACGUUCACACUACGAGUUAAAACGUGUUUUAACGCUAUCUUGAUGACAUUUUUCUUGUUGCUAAUUAUUAUAACAUGUCUUAACUCUGUAGUGUGAACGUAGUAUUAUACUUUAAUGGGCCGAAUACAUCCUAUACAUGUUGUUCUAUUAUUAUCAACUCUAAAAGUAUAGGAAACUGUUUAAAAGCUGUCGUGCCAGUAAAUGGUAGGUAUUUAAAAAUUCAAAAUUUAGGAUAACUCGGAGAAUUUAUCUAUCUGUUUUACUGGAAAAGCACUCCUAGUAAUUUAGUGAUUUUUACAUUGUAUAAUUUGUAGAAUUUAAAUGACUUAUAGGAAAAGUGUGCCUAAGACAGACUAUUAAUGAUUCUAUACUUUAAUUACUACAAUCAAUCCUAGCUGUUAUCCUCAAUUUAAUUAGAUGUAACUGCUUACAUUUUUAAAACAAAUACUGAUACCCAGAGAUUGAAAAUCUUCAAAUUGUUGGGUAUUUUUUCGUUUUACUAUAAAAAUAAAACACCAUUGUUGUAAAUUUUCAUUCGUUGCUUUCGGGGUAACUUUGAUCAGCAAAAUAUGUACAUCGAAAUGAGAGAUAACGCUCGAGAUGUUAGUAAACGGAAAAAAACUCACUUUUAAAAUGAAUUAUUGAAGCAAAAUAUUUCUAAAAAAUGCUCAUUUCAGCUGAAGUUGAUAGAAUUAAUUAAUAUACAAGGGAUUGUUUGAAUAGAUUGAAUUGAUGCAUGAGAGUUGUAUCAUUUAGAAGUAGAAUACUUCUAACGUUUCAAUAUGGAAUCCCGUUUCAAAAAUUUCUGCUGGGAUUUUUUCCCAGUCUUCAAAUGCGAAUAACUUCCGUUGUUCUGAUCGAAAUCUUUAUAUUUUUGCACUAUCUGAUCGGAAAUAUGUGCACUUAAAUUGUAUUUGAUUCCACAAAAUAUACGACUGCUAUAAAUAACCAAAAUAAUGUAUUUUGUGAAAGUAAUAAAUGUCUGCGUUGAUUGGUCCGUACAAUUCGAUCAAGCAUUGCCAGGGCCGGCGGAAAGCGUGGGUAGUAUGGGUAGUACUACCCACUCGAAAAUAACCGAGUGGGUAAUUACCCACUCGAAAUUUUGAACCAUUUCAAAAACUACAAGGGGCAGCCCUAUGGGGUUGCACGAACUGUAGACGUAGGACUAUACUACUUAAUGUAAAAUAUUCAUUUUCUUAGUACUUAGUGUGUGGGAAAAAACACCCGGACGGGUGGAGAAAAAUCAAAUUUUAGACAAUAUAUUCACAUCUCAUGUAUAGAACAAGCUUUCUAGUUGCUCUCAAACAGAUCCUAAAAGUUCAAACACCCAUGGAUAACCCCAAGUUUGUAGAUGUGUUUCGAUGCCACAGGAUUGUAAAAUGGUUAAUAUUACGUCAUGAAAAUUCAAUUCUUCCUUGACGUUUUUUUUGCCUGCAAAAUGCCCUGUGUGUAUGCAAAGCUCAUGAUUUAUUGGGAUAUUAGCAUUGAUCGAAAAUGCUUUCCAACGCUGCGCAUUGCAUACAUACAGGACAUUUUGCAGGUCACCAGAAGCUGUUCAUUUUACCACCGCCACAUAUUCAUUUUACCCACUCGCUAUAAACAUGUCUCAUUUUUGGACAUGUUUAGAAAUCAAUAAUCAUGUUUGAAAAAAUGUGUUUAUGAAGAUGUAUUUUUACCAGAUAUGUACAAAACAUGUCUAACAAGAAACAUAAGGUGAUUGUAAUAUCUCAUUCACUUAUUAGUUAGAAAAUAAUGACUUUGAUCAACGUGUUCAUUUUACCGCCAGUUCCCCUACCUACCAACACAUUCGCUCCAAACAUUGAACCCAAGCGUAGAAUGCAAAAUGAGUCAACGCUGAUGAUGAUGGGUAGAGCGAAAGAGACAACUAGUACCACCACGACCCUAUUAGCGCAUUUCACCAAAAUUCCACGCGGCUUUUCCCGAUUGAUUUUGCAUAGCGAAGGGCUGAAUGAUAACACAUUUUGUUCCAACAAACAGCCCUGCGUUAUGCAACACUUUGUGCAGUUUGAUUAUACCAGUUGCAAGUGGGGCCAAAUUCACCAAGUUCCGUAAAAUUCCAUUUUAAAUUACAGAAUUGAUAAAAUUGCUUAGAUGAGCUAAACUAAUUAAUCAAAUCCUGUUUUAAAAACUGUCCUUACGUUUAAACCAAAAUGGGAAGCUUAUUACUACCACUACAUUACUUAAUUUCAAGCGAAAAUACAUGUGCUAGUUAACCCAAAAAUUUACUGGCAACAUUACAGCGGCAUUUAGGAAGCAGUCGCCUGUUGGAAGACACAGGGUAGCGUCCCUCCACAGCCAGUGUAACGGACUUCUAGCUCAGCUACACUGGCUGUAAAAAACACAGCGCAGUGAUCUGCUUCACCAGCCGUUCAACAGGGAACUGAGCGUGGCUGGCCAAGUCCGUUCUUUAAAUAGUCGAUGAUUACGUCAUUCAUAGAAGCGUUGCGCGCUAGGUACACCAAUUCGUCGUACAGGGCUUGGGAAGCGCUAUCUUCUGUGUGUAAAUGCGCGAUAUUUUGACAAGGUUGUAUAUUAUUUAAUUUUUUAAUGCUAUGAUAUCAAAAAUCUUUGGGUUUAUCUAUUGGAAUCUAUUCUUAGAAGUAUUUCGGGGCGAUUUGCGCAAAAAAUUUGAAAAUUUAUCGGGAGAUGGUUGAAUUAUAUGCGUUUAAAAUUGGACCACUUUUCGUUACAUACCAUUUUUGUAGAAUUUGCAGAGUGCACCCCCAUAUCGAAAACAAAGACGUAGUCCCACGUCAAAAAUUUAGAUCUGCAACGCAUUACAAACAUUUGAAAACAUCGAUGUACCACAAUUCCAUUUGCAUAAACGAACGUAAUUUAAUGUGAAUGUAAUGUAAGCGUGUGUAUUGCGAAAAGGGAAAAAAAAUCCUUACUACUGGACCCCUCACCCUAUGCACCCACUCGGGCGUAAAGUGUUUCGCACCCUCUGAGCAUUGCUAGGGCUACCCCUUUGUCAUCCAAUGAACACGUAUAAAAGCGAACAUAAGAAAAAAACCUGUUUUAAUCCACCUAGCGGUGCAAUUGUGCCUUUCUCAUUUCUCUAAACUAUGGCACGGAGGCUUUUUAUGUUCAACAUAAUUGUGGAAAUGUCCAUUACAUUCUUAGUACACUUUGCACUUAUACACAAUGGCAUGCCAGCCACGAACUUGAUGAGCUACGUGUCGACGGUAAAACACUUGAAACAAAAAAAUAUCAUACUCCAUUAGCCUAAUCAGCAUUAGAUCAAUGUUAUCUGCUUGCUAACUCAUUUUGUCAUGCGGGGCUGGGUAUGUGAAGAGGGCGAAAGUCCCAUGAACGAACGACUCCCCAGCUUAAAUUAUUAUGCUUUGUGAUACAGUGGUGGUUUAAAGAUGACGGGGUUGAAACGGAGGGGUAUGAGGGCUGGAUGGGGUGGUGGUCUGAGGGGUGAUUUAAGGAGAUUUUUAAAGGAGGGGCGCGAACAGUAGAGGGGGGGGGGGUGUAACCCCUCUCCGUAAACCAUCAACUACGCCUCUGUUAAAAUCCAGAAACCCUAAACGAGUCGAAAAAAAAUUUAGGGUUGACGUUUUUCAGAGUGAUUGCAUAACCUUUCUAUAUGAGAAAGGCAAAAAUGUGCCAAAAUCCAAAAAAGUGAA